AUGGCAUUUUUGGAUUUCAAUUCUAAGAAACAGGGAGGAAUAGAAAUGGAAAAAUAAAAAAGUCUAAUUGAUGUAUAAAAUUAAAAGUAUCGGUAGCUUACUUUUGAAUAUGGACAGAGUUACGAGGACGAAGUAAGAAGGAAGUAGUGGUUAUAUGAGUAUAUGACUGGAUGCUUGAAGGAAAAAAUUCUGGAGUUAUUGAACACUAUGUUUGGGGACUACAUUAAUGAUCUGUUUCUUCUUAUUAGUUUUAUUCUGAUUUUAGUGGGAAUAGUUUAGGAGGACAACUAGGAGGAUAUUAUAUCGUCACUCAUUUUGUUUAUAGUGUACUUAUUGCCUUUUCUGAUUGAAGCAACGAUUAGAGCAAUAUAAUUAUUUUUAGAGCAAAAAUAAAGUUGGCAAUCUAUUUUGCAACAAACACGAAUUGCUUACACUAGAUUAAAGGGAUUUAAACGAGAAGACAUGGUUUAUAGUGACACCUAGAAUUACCUUAGACAGGGUCGUUCAUCAUCAAUAAGAAGUAUUUAAUAACUUGACUCAUAAUCAAAUGUACCUGAUGUUCUACCAGCUUCAAACGUAGAGGAUGUAUUUUACAGCAAUUUAAAAAGAGGAGACUUCAUUCUCCUUAGUCGGAAUCAAUAAUGUCCAGGAGACUUAGUCAUAUUGGACAUGAGCGAUAGACAUGGAUACUUUUAUUCAAAAAGCUAUUUCAAGUAGGCUUUUCUUUAGCGCAAAGAACCCAUGAAGACCACAAAAGUAGAAAUGAAUGCGCCUAACAAAGGAGAUUUGAAUUAUUUAAGAAGGAUAUUAAAGGGUAAACUGACAUUCAAUAAUAACUAUAAUUUUGAAUAAUUUGAGGGUCACAUAAAGUUAUCCAAAGACCCCAAAGGAGAACCCAUUUUGCCUGAAAAUAUUCUGUUUUUUGGAUAGGCUCUUCAGUUCAGUGAAUGGGUAUUUGGAAUCCUAAUCAAUGUAGGAGGACAAUCUUUAUAUAGUAGAAAUUUGCAAUCUGUAAAAAAACAACAGCGAAAUAAGAAUAGAUACAAGAAUCUAAGCAUUUUGCAACUCUUCCUAUAUAUUAUCAUGCCCAUUAUUGCAUCCUUGAUUUAAUAUUAUGGAUACCAAUCCCAUUAAUCAUUCAGCAAUAUUAUAUUACAUUGUUAUCAGCAAUUCCUGGCUGUCCUACCCUCUUAUUUAAAUUUGUUUCUACAUUUGUUUGAUGUAUUCCUAAUUAUCAGUGAAAAUCGAUCACAAUAAUAACAAUCGAAAGACUGCAAGGAAUUGAUAUUGGAAAAUAAGUAAAAUACAAAAUAAUAGAGUAUCAAUUAUCCAGUCAAUAUGACUCAAAUUAUGGACACUACUCAUGUAUUUCUGAAUAUCCAGAUAUUGUCUGAUGCCAAGAUCGAAGCCUUGUGUCAUGGAGAUAAUAUUUAUCAAAUAGAUUAAACUCUGAUUCCAGAUUUAGUCAUAAAUUAAUCUUUUAAAAAAACACAGUUUUAUUACAAUUUAACUAAACAAGUGAAUGACGAAAACAUAGAAAUUUUAUAGGAGAAGAUUGAAACCAUCAGUCCAAAUGUGCCUCCUCAGAAAUUAAGCAUAAAUUCUCAUCAAUAAUAUAAUGUCAUCAUUAGUAAAGAAACUGCAUAAAACAAGAGACCAUUCUUUAAAUAGAAUACUUAAACUCUUCAUUCUCCAGUACUCAAUAAUCCAAACAGUGCCAGACCCUCUUUAGAAAUCUUUCACAGUAUGGACGGAGGAGGGUUCAUCUCAUCCACUUUAGCUGGGAAUCUUCUCAAUCAAUAACAACAUAGUUAAGUUAGUCAGGAACCUGAAGAAGAACAGGUUAAAUAAAUCCAAAUUUACAGAGAAAAUACACUUGUUGAACUAGGACUAAACUAACCUUUUUAAUAUUUUGAGUUGUUUUCUGUCAUUUCUUUAUGUCAUCUAACAAGAAGUGAGUUGAUGACUAGUGGAGAAGAAAACAGGUCAUCUUAGAAAAAUUCAAAAUUAGGAUUCUCAGAAAGGGAAAGAAUCAGAAAACCUAAAUUCAAUAUAGACUAAUACUUUCUAGCUGAGGAUGAAGCCCUGUUAAAAUUAAGCAAAUUAUUUAAAAUUUCAUAUAAGACUUAUGGAUUUAAUAGACAAGAGUAACUUUGUUAUGUAUUGAAAAUUAAUGAUUUAGAAAUUCCAUAUUAAAUUCAUUAUAGAUUAUAUCAUCAAGGAUUUAUAGAUUACGAUGAAACAAAAAAUAAUAAGAUGUUUAAGAUCCCAUCCAGAUUUAUCGCCAUGAUGAUUUAGGAUAACAACUUUUAGCUUAAAGAAUCAAACCAAUUGGUAUUAUUGUGUAGAUUUUGCAUUGUAACUAUUUCAGAUAUACCUGGAUAUGAGAAAUUCGAUUUAGUCAAGAAAGCAUCCUUAUAGAAAUAGAUCCAAUAUUUAAUCAAUAGAGGAGAUAUAAUCAUUUGCUUUUUGAAGAUGUCAAUUAAAGAACAAGAUCUCCAGGAAUCAAAGAGUUUGAUCAUAAAUGACUAUGAUAAAACUAUUUAAUUGAUAGAGUUAAUAUCUGAAAAUUAGUAUGACAUUAUUGGCCUUUUUGGAAUUAGUUAAAAUGAUAAUUAGGACUUAAUAAAGGAAUCGUUUAUCACUAACAGAUCUAGGAUAGUUAUUCAAUCAGAGAAACCAUAUGAAUUGGUUCUACCAUUUUGUAUUAAGAAUAGUGUUUUGCACAAUGAAACUAUUACUUAUAAUUUCUAGUCUUCUUCUAGAGAUGACAUUCUAUAUCAAAUUAGAUAAAUUAUCAGUAGUCUAAAUCAAGAAGAUCCAAAGAAAAGUUCCACUUUAACAAAUCGUAGAAAUGCUUAAAUUUAAAAUGAUAAAAUUAAGAUCAAUAACAAUGCCUUAAUUAUAGAUGGAAAUGUGUUGGAUUUAAUCUUAAAUGAUAAAUACCUGACUAAUCAUUUUGGAUUUAUAAUUCAUUUUAAUAAAAUUAUUAUAGUCUACAACAUGAACAACAACUUGAAAUAGAAACUAUUGAAUUUUGUAACUAAAUAUGAUAGUGAAUAUUAUUCGUCGUUAUGUGUUAAUUAUAGUGCAGGAUCACACGGAUUAGUAAAGAUGAGUAAUUUCUCUUAUUAAAGACAUGAGGAGAUUGAAUCAGACGUGAUGGGUUUUAUUAACCAAUAUUCUGUAAAUAUUGAUGAAUUAGAAUUGUUUGAUAAUCUAGUCAUCAAGACUGGGUUUCAACUCUUUUAAAUUAAGGAUGCCACUUAACGUAUAUGUAUUCAAUGGAACCUAUGUUUUGCUUUAUUGUAAAUGACAUUAUAUUGUUUUCCUGAUUAUAAUGGCUAAUUAUUAUUUAAAGAUAGAUUAUUAAUAUUGCAAAUACUGGUGCCUGCAAUAAUAUUGAUAUAUUCAAUUAAGACAAUAUUUGUAGAAUAAGAAUACUUGACUGUGAAGAUAAAUACAAUAAAGUAGAAAUCACUUGACUUGAAGAAUAAUCACAUAGUAGAAUUACUAUUAGAAACUUUGAUGGAUGUAUUUCUACUGACAAUUGUUAGAUAUACGUGCUAUAUGAAUAACAUUUAGAUUGAACUCUACAAUACUAAAGAGGAGAUUGCCAUAUUCUUUAGUUUUAUUUUGAUAAUUCAUGUCUUAAAGUUGGCAUUUUUGUCAAAGGAAAUCUAUUUGAGACUAUUCUUAUCUUUGAGCACUUUACUGUUGAUACUCUUGCAUAUCACAAUAGAGAUGAUAAGUUUGGAUUAUGUGUUAUUGAGAGUGUUAUUAAUACAACCUACAACUAUAAUGUCUUUUCUGAGUUUAUUGGGGUUAAAAAUAGUUAUGAAUUUAUUUGGGCAAUUUAGUAUAUACUUAUAUAAGAACUUCUUGGAGAGAUCUCAGUAAGAUAUUGACUUUAAUUUGAUUUUGGAAAUCAUAACAAAGGAAUUGUAGAGUGUAAAGAAUAUUUAAUAUUUGAUAAAGAAGGUAUUUUAGGAUUCAGAGAUAGAUCUAUCUGUUAAGUAGAUAUUGGGAGACAACAAGAAUCAGUUAAUUUAAUUAAACAAUUAUACAUUGAAUUUUGAAGAACAGGUUUAUAAUUUGGAAUUCAUCCAGAUGUACAUAUCGAAAUGGAAAUUCAUAGGGAUUAUCACAAACUUGAGUUAUUUCUUCGGUUUGGACAUAUUUUUGUUGAUACAUUACGGAUUGAGAUUCUAAAAGAUAAACACAGCUCUAUUUUCAAUUAUGCUGUUUAUGACAUUCUGCUAGGUGUUUCUUAUUAAUUAAUCAUGUUAUCCUAGUUACAAGAAGUUGAUAAUCUAUUUUGGAUUUCUGUAAACCAUUUAUAGAUUAUUCAUCAUAAGUGUAGAUGUGUAUGACUAGGAGAACAAGAUGUACGCAUUCAUCUUCUAUUAUCUGGUCAUAUUUUCAUUGACUCAGCAGAUCAAUUAUAAGUAUGUGUUUAUAGUGAUCCAAUAAAUUAUUACCUUAGUAUCUGGGAUAGUUAUGCUGUAUGCAAAUCAAAAACAACAUGCUGAUGAUGUGUAUUUAGGUGAAAUCAUAGUAUUGUUUGUGUCUUUCAGCAUUAUUUCUCUAUAAUCUCGUUACCAGGAUGACGUAACACAACGUGAAGAUUACAUAUGUUGGAAGGUCUUAGAAAUUGAAAGAUCAAAGCAUCAAUCAGUAAUGUCAUUGUUGUUGCCUCCAUUUGUUUUGGGUAGACUCGAUCAAGGCCAUCUAGAUUUCUCAGAGAAUUAAGGAUUGGUUGGCAUCAUCUUUGUAGACAUGUGCAGUUUUGAUGUGAUAGUCAGUGAAGAGGAUCAAAACAUCGUAUAAUUGAUGGAUAACAUCUAUCGACAAUUUGAUUAAAUCUGUUCAUCAACAAAUUGUCAGAAAAUAGAAACUGUAGGGAAGACCUACAUGGCUUGUUCAGGAUUGAAAUGUGUAGAGAAAUUUCAGCCGAAGGGUCAACAUUUGAAGAACCCUAUUGAAAGAUUGGUGGAGUUGGCUUUUGGGAUCUAGCAAGAGAUCACUAAUUUCAAAUGGGGAACCAAUCAAAAGAGUUUUGGAUUGAAAAUUGGUAUUCAUUAUGGUAGAGUGUUAAUGGGUGUAAUUGGAUCAAUUAAACCUCAAUUUUCAUUGAUUGGAGAUACAGUCAACACGACUAGUAGAUUAUGUGCUCAUUGUCCUGAAGGUUUAAUUCAGAUGUCUCUUCAAGCUUAUGAUCAGAUCAAAAAUGUUAAAUCAAUUAAAUUCACUACAAAUAAAAUCGAGGCAAAGGGGAAGGGUAUAAUAGAUACUUUUUUGAUUGAGAAGAAAAGGAGUUUCGAAUAAUCAUUUAACAACAAAUAGAAAAAAUCAGAAAUGCCUCAUAUUGAUUAAAACAAUAGCAAAAUUCCUUUCGAAAUCCUAAGCAAACAAGCAUUUCAGCAAUUAGACAGAAGACUACAAGACAUUUAACUUACAAACUAAUUCCUUUAGAAAUAGGAGGAAAUUCAAUAAUUAAAUCCUCCAUAGAACAAUUAAACUUAAUAACCACCAACAUAAUAGAUGAUAUCUACUUAACAAUAAGGUACUGGAUAAAAGGCAGGAAAUCUUAAUUUCACUGCUAGUUAGUUGUAGUUAUUCAGAAAAUAAACUAAAAGGAAUCUAAUGAACAAUUACAUCAAUUUACCUUCCAUGAAUUAGAUCACGUCUCCUCAAGCCUUAAAUCAGAUGUAAUCAAAUCAGAAUGUUCUUGCUCCGAGUAAUAAGUUGAUUCAUUAGAAAUCUAUCUUCAGUCAUUAAUAAUAACAGACUCAACAAACUCAAUUAGAUAAAAUAGAUAAGUAUCAAUUACAAUCAUCGAUUCAAAUUCCAUAGUAGGAUCCCUCAAAUUUGAAUAUCAUAAGUGGAAUCCCUGAUAUACCAUUAGAUCAAUCUUUGAAUGUCAUGGACUCUUCAAUCAAAGAACAAACUCCACUUAAUUGCAGAAAGGAUGACCAGAAGAAGUUUAUUGAUACUACGAUUAGGAUGAUCAAAUUUAAUGAUAUAGAAUUAUUCAUAAAAUCUAAACCAGAAGUGUUCAAUAAGACUAUCCCUCUAUUUAAGAUCCAAGAGUUUUUUCUUGAAGGCAAAAGCACAACAAUUCAAGAGAAUAACAAUAAUAAAUGGCAUUUGAUUUCGAAAGAAUUUCUAUUUGAAGCAUUUAAGAAUAGUGAUGAUGUCACCAAAUACUACGAGAAUGAAUUAGAAAAUGGCAUCAGAAGUGUAAUGAUCUCAUUGCUGCUCCUAUUAAUAAUACACAUCUUCUUCAUAAUAUUUUCUCAAUUGCAAUCAGUAAAUACCUAAUAGGCAGUAAUAAGAGCACUGGGUUGUUUUUUUAUUCUAAUUGAAUUGUACUUCUUGUAGACUCACUUUUUUGAAUGGAAAAGAAAGAGAUUAUUGUAAGUUAUACUUAUACAACUUGUGAGUCAAUGCAUCAUCUUGGGAGUGUUCUAUGAUUAAGAUAAGGACAAAUCAGUAAUCUUGUCAAUUGAAUCUAUUAUUACAAGUUGUCUCCUAUUUGCUCACAAAUGGCUUUAUGUUCAAGAGAAGAUCUUAAUUUGUGCCUUCAUGUUCACUGUCUGGUUAAUCAUUAUCAGCUCCGUAUUCAUCAUAGAUAUUUGGGAGGUAUUCUUCCUAUUAAUUUCCAUUGCUCUAUUGCUAUAAAGAGAACUAUUAAGUUAUUUGUUUUCUUACAAGCAAAUGCUCAACUAAUAACAAAUAGAGAUCAAAAAGGAAGACAAGAUGAAUCUUUUAAGUUGUCUAUUGCCUAUUCAUGUGUUGAGUCAAUUCUUAGAUGAUUCCACUAACUCAAGGAAAUUCUCUGAUGUCUACAAUGAUUGUACUAUCUUAUUUGCCGAUAUUGCUGGAUUCACUAAGUAUUCUUCAAGUGUCCAACCAGAGGAGGUUGUCUCUAUGCUUAAAAAUUUAUUCGAUGAGUUUGAUAAACUAACCUAAAUACACAAUGUAUUCAAAUUGUAUACAAUUGGAGACUGCUAUGUUGUGAUUGGAGUAACUGAUAAUUUCAAAAGAGAUCCCAUUCAAGAAGCAUUCAAUGUUGUUGAAAUGAGUCUCAAUAUGUUGGAAGCUAUAAGCUUGGUUCGAAAUUAAAUUAAUUACCACGAUCUUCAUAUGAGAAUUGGAAUACACACGGGUAAUGUUAUUGGGGGUAUUAUUGGAACAGAUAUCAUCAGAUAUGAUGUCUAUGGAAAAGACAUUCUUAUUGCCAAUAAAAUGGAGAGCAGUUCUGAAGAAGGUAGAGUGCUGAUAUCAGAGACCACUAAGAAAUUAAUAGAAGACAACUUCGCUUAAUCCUAUAUUUUCAAUGGAAGAAAAUUAAUUAAUAUUCCCUCUAUAAACACAACUAUUACUGGUUUCUUCUUAGAAACUGCAAUUUGA